AUGUCUAACGUACAUCAACUUCUCAUACUUCUUUUCGUUGCAAUUACUUUAACGAAGUCUUAUAAUAUUUCUUCAUGCAUUCCAAAUACACCAUGUAAAUGUUAUUUUACACAAUAUUCAUUUAAAUUAUUCAAUUGUUCACAUACAUUAUAUGAUUUACCUAUAUUUAAUUCAAAAACUACAAACAAUAUAACAAAAAUAAUAGCUCCUAAUUCAUUUAAUCGAUGGCCAAUUCAAUUAUGCAAAUAUUCAAAUAUUCAAAUACUUGAUUUAAGUGGUUCAUAUUUUGAUUCUCAAUAUAUUGAUUUAUCAUGUUUAUCAUAUUUAAUACAUUUAAAUUUAAGUAAUACACAAUUAAAUAAAAUUCCAAAUUUCAAAAAAAAUUUCUCAAAUCAUUUGCAAAUACUUGAUCUAUCAAAUAAUCAUAUAAAAUUUAUUGAUGGUAUACAAUUUCAAUCAUUAAAUAAUUUAAUUUCAUUAUUUUUACAAAAUAAUCCAAUUAAAUAUAUUGAACAUUUAGAAGAUUUAUUUUAUUUAUCAAAUCUUCAGUCAAUUAAUUUAAUAUCAUCAAAUUUAGAUUCUACACUUAAACAAUCAUUAACCAUAAAUCAAUGGAUUAUUAUAUCUCAACAAUGGAAUAAUUCCAGAAAAUUAUUUUCUAUCCGUAUGAAAAAUAUUCCUUUACAAUUUAUUAUACCAAAUCCAGAACAAUUUCCAAUUGUUUCAAUUGAUUUAAUGAAAAUUAUUUUAAAAACAUUAAUCAAUUCAACAUUUAUUACUUUAUUUAAUACACCAAAAUGUGAUUGUUCACAUCUUCGCCCUUAUCAACGUAUGUUUUCAUUUGUAGAUUAUCAAAAAAAAUACUCAUCACCAUUAUUUCAAUCAACAACAUGUCUGAUGCCAGAUGGAAUAACUCAUGCUCGUUUAUUUGAUCGUCGAACAUAUAUUGAUUUACGAUGUCCGUUAUUAGGAAAAAUAUCUUUUUUUCCUUUAAUAGAAAGCUCAUCUUCAUCAUUAAGCAAUCUAUUGAUUCCUUUUUCUAUCUUUUAUUUGUUUUUAAUGCAUUGA